CACAACACAUCAUCAUCUCACCUAUAUUCUCUCUCUAAAGUCUAUCCCUAUCCUCCACUUUAAUUUUCCGAUCUAUCUUAGAGUUUUCCGAUCAGAUGGCACCGAAAGCAGAGAAGAAGCCGGCCGAGAAGAAACCAGCAGAGAAGAAGCCAGCCGAGAAAGCACCAGCUGAAAAAGCACCAGCAGAGAAGAAACCCAGAGCUGAGAAGAAACUCCCAGCCAAAGAUGCUUCAUCAACAGAUAAGAAGAAGAAGAGAUCUAAGAAAUCAAUUGAAACCUACAAGAUCUACAUCUUCAAAGUUCUGAAACAAGUUCAUCCUGAUAUCGGUAUUUCAAGCAAAGCUAUGGGUAUUAUGAACAGUUUCAUCAACGAUAUCUUUGAGAAGCUUGCUGCUGAAUCAUCCAGAUUGGCGAGGUACAACAAGAAGCCGACUAUCACUUCAAGGGAGAUUCAGACUGCUGUUCGUCUUGUUCUUCCAGGAGAGUUGGCUAAGCAUGCAGUUUCUGAGGGUACCAAAGCUGUUACCAAGUUUACAAGUUCUUAGGGUUUCGUAAGGGUAUUUGGGGGUCUUUAUGUCUUUAUUUUCCGGGUAUGAAAUUAGGGUUUCGUCCUUGUAAGUAUUUUAAUGGUGUUUCGUUUUGUAAUUGGGUCUUGGUAGUGAUGAAUGAAUGGAUCUAAUCUUUAAUUAAUUUCGACUCUUUCUUUGUUUAA